CGGUCUGUGCUCGGCUCGGCUCACUGCUAGCAAUGGCGCUGCGGGCUGCCCAGCUCUUUUCUCCGUGUCUACUCGCGGCGGCUUUGUUAUUGCUCGCCGGCGGACCACAGUUUGGACUCUGCUGUCCGAGUCGCUGUCUAUGUUUCCGAACCACCGUGAGAUGUAUGCAUCUAAACCUGGAAACCGUACCAGCAGUUUCUCCUCAGACCACCAUUCUAGACCUGAGGUUCAACAAAAUCAAGGAUAUACAGCCGGGUUCCUUCAGACGAUUAAAGAACCUCAACACACUCCUCCUCAACAACAAUCAUAUACGAAGGAUCCCCAGGGGGGCAUUCGAAGACCUGGAAAACCUCAAAUAUCUCUAUUUGUACAAGAAUGAAAUCCAAUCAAUUGACAGACAAGCAUUUAAGGGGCUUGUCUCUCUUGAGCAACUGUACCUGCACUUCAACAACAUUGAGUCUUUGGAACCAGAAUCAUUUACCCACCUACCAAAGCUGGAGCGACUGUUUUUGCACAACAACAGAAUUACCCAACUAGUCCCAGGAACCUUCUCUCAUCUUCAGGCCAUGAAGCGAUUGCGACUGGAUUCCAAUGCAUUAAACUGUGACUGCGAGCUGCUGUGGCUGGCUGACCUGCUGAAGCAGUAUGCUGAGUCAGGCAAUGCCCAGGCUGCUGCUACCUGCGACUACCCCAGCCGCCUGCAGGGCAGAUCGGUGGCAACGCUCACUGCCGAGGAGCUCAACUGUGAGGUACCCAGGAUCACCUCAGAGCCCCAGGAUGUGGAUGUCACAUCAGGGAACACUGUCUACUUCACCUGUAGGGCUGAAGGCAACCCUAAACCACAGAUCAUCUGGCUCAGGAACAACAAUGCUCUAAACAUGCGCGACGACAGUCGUCUGAACCUGCUGGAAGACGGGACGCUGAUGAUCCAGGACACCAGAGAGACGGACCAGGGAGUCUACCAGUGCAUGGCGAAGAACGUGGCCGGGGAGGUCAAGACUUCACAGGUCACGCUGCGAUAUUUCGGAGCCCCCUCACGGCCAAGCUUUGUGAUCCAGCCCCAGAACACUGAGGUACUGGUGGGAGAGAGUGUUACCCUGGAGUGCAGUGCCACAGGCCAGCCACAGCCCCGAGUCUCCUGGACAAAGGGCGACCGGACACCCCUGCCCAAUGACGCUCGCAUAAACAUCACCCCCUCUGGAGGGCUCUAUAUCCAGAACGUGGUCCAGGCUGAUGGGGGACAGUAUACCUGUUUCGCCUCCAAUAACGUUGAUACCAUACACGCAACAGCUUUUAUCAUUGUCCAAGCGAUCCCCCAGUUCACGGUCACACCACAGGACCAGUCAGUCCUGGAGGGUCACACGGUGGACUUCCCUUGUGAGGCAAGUGGUUACCCACAACCGGUGAUUGCCUGGACGAGGGGGGGCAGUCCGUUGCCCCUGGAUCGCCGUCACGUGGUCCUGUCUUCCGGUACUCUCCGCAUCACUCGGGUGGCAGCCCACGACGAGGGCCAGUACGAGUGCCAGGCGGUCAGCCCUGUGGGGACCGUGCGCACGACUGUUCAGCUCAGCAUCCAGCAGAGAGUAACGCCUGUUUUCACAAAUGCUCCAAGGGACCUGACGGUUGAGUCUGGCCAGGAUGUCCAGAUUCCCUGCAGCGCUCAGGGCCAGCCACAACCUGUCCUCACCUGGAACAAGGAUGGCGUACAGGUGACAGAAAGCGGGAAGUUCCACAUCAGCCCCGAGGGUUACCUGGAGGUGAAGGACGUGGGCACCGCUGAUGCUGGACGCUACGAGUGUGUCGCUCGCAAUCCCAUUGGCUACCAGGUUGCCAGCAUGGUGCUCACCGUCACAGUUCCUGCAGUCAGCAGAGAGGGAGACACCUUUGUGAGCACAUCCAUAGAGCAGGCCAUCCGUAAUGUGGACAGCGCUAUUGAGUCCACGAGGAGACGUCUCUUUGAUGGUCAGCCUCGUACCCCAGGAGAGUUGCUAGCUCUUUUCCGGUACCCCCGUGACCCCUACACGGUGGAGCAGGCGCGUGCUGGGGAGAUCUUCGAGCAAACGCUUCUUCUCAUCCAGAACCACGUCAACCAGGGUCUCAUGGUCGACACCAACGGCACGGCAUUUCGGUACAAUGACCUGGUGUCUCCCCACUUUCUGGAUGUGAUUGCCAAUCUGUCCGGCUGCACAGCCCACCGCCGCUUCAACAACUGCUCCGAUAUUUGCUUCCACCAGAAGUACCGCAGCCACGACGGUACCUGCAACAACCUGCAGCACCCUAUGUGGGGCGCCUCGCUCACCGCCUUUGAACGGCUCCUGAAGUCCGUCUAUGAUAACGGCUUUAACCUGCCCAGAGGCGCCACUGAGCGGCUGCAUAAUGGAUACAGGUUGCCACUGCCGAGGCUGGUGUCUACCACGAUGAUUGGAACGGAGACCAUCACUCCCGAUGACCGCUACACACACAUGCUGAUGCAGUGGGGUCAGUUCCUAGACCACGACUUGGACUCAACAGUGGCCGCCCUCAGCCAGUCACGGUUCAUCGACGGCCAGCUGUGCGCUCAGGUCUGCACCAACGACCCACCCUGCUUCCCGAUCCAGUUCCCCCCCAAUGACCCUCGGCAGCUUCGAAGCGGCGCCCGCUGCAUGUUCUUUGUCCGCUCCAGCCCUGUGUGCGGCAGCGGGAUGACAUCCCUACUCAUGAACAGCGUAUAUCCAAGAGAGCAGAUCAACCAGCUGACUUCCUACAUCGAUGCUUCAAACGUUUACGGCAGCUCACGACAUGAAUCCGAGGAAAUCCGAGAUUUGGCCAGCCAAAGGGGUCUGCUCCGGCAAGGUAUCAUCCAGCGAACAGGGAAGCCGCUUCUGCCAUUUGCCACCGGGCCACCGACUGAGUGUAUGAGGGAUGAGAAUGAGAGUCCGAUUCCAUGUUUCUUGGCGGGAGACCACCGAGCCAAUGAGCAGCUUGGUUUGACCGCCAUGCACACGGUGUGGUUCAGGGAGCACAACCGCAUCGCCACUGAGCUACUGAGACUGAAUCCCCACUGGGACGGGGACACCAUCUACCACGAGGCCAGGAAGAUAGUCGGGGCCCAGAUGCAGCACAUCACCUACAGUCACUGGCUGCCAAAGAUCCUGGGUGAGGCAGGCAUGAAGAUGAUGGGGCAAUACGCCGGCUAUGACCCCAAUGUUAAUUCCGGCAUCCUCAGUGCUUUCGCCACUGCUGCUUUCCGUUUCGGACACACUCUCAUCAACCCGGUGCUCUACAGGUUAGAUGAGGACUUCCAGCCUAUCCCCCAGGGACACAUCUCGCUGCACCGCGCCUUCUUCUCCCCGUUCCGCAUCGUGAACGAGGGCGGCAUUGACCCGCUCCUUCGUGGGCUCUUUGGCGUCGCUGGGAAAAUGCGGGUUACCACACAGCUGCUCAACACGGAGCUGACUGAGAGGUUGUUCUCGAUGGCCCACGCUGUGGCUCUGGACCUGGCUGCCAUGAACAUACAGAGGGGACGGGAUCAUGGCAUACCACCAUACAACGAUUACAGGACCUUUUGCAACCUGACCUCAGCUCAGACGUUUGAUGAACUGAGGAACGAGAUUAAGAAUCCAAGCGUCAGAGAGAAACUGCAGAGGCUGUAUGGCACACCUCUGAACAUUGACCUGUUCCCUGCCCUAAUGGCUGAAGACCUGGUCCCUGGUAGUAGGUUGGGGCCCACCCUCAUGUGCCUGCUGGCAACUCAGUUCAAACGCCUGCGGGAUGGUGACAGAUUCUGGUAUGAAAACCCAGGCGUGUUCACUCCUGCCCAGCUGACCCAGCUGAAGCAGGCUUCUCUGACUCGGGUGCUGUGUGACAACGGAGACAACAUCACACGCAUCCAGCAGGACGUCUUCAGGGUGGCGGAGCUGCCCCACGGCUACGGCAGCUGUGACGACAUCCCUCAGAUUGACCUGCGCAUGUGGCAGGACUGCUGUGAAGACUGCAGAACCAAGGGUCAGUUCAACGCCCUGUCAUACCACUUCAGGGGACGCCGAUCAGCUGAGCACAGCUACACAGACGAUAAACCCGCCAGCAGCAUCCAGGAGACCAGCCCAGUGGAGGAAACCGUAGACACUCUGAUAAAUGUAACUCUGACCUCCAAAAAAAGCACUGAACCCUCGAUCAACGACUUCCAGGAUUUUGUCUCCGACAUGCAGAAGACGAUCACAAGUUUACGAAAGCAGAUUAAAAGACUUGAAGCCCGUCUGAGCAAGACUGACUGCACUGAUAGCGAGGGACGUGAGCGAACAGAUGGAGAGCGGUGGAAAAAGGACUCCUGCACCACAUGUGAAUGCAGAGAUGCCCAGGUGACCUGCUUUGUGGAGUCUUGUCCGCCGGCCGAGUGCAAACGGCCCGUCAAGUUAAAAGGCGCCUGCUGCCCAGUGUGCCUGGAACACGCAGAUGUUGACAAGCGACAAGAAGCCAACACCCACCGCGACUAACCCUCAGGACAUCCCCCCCACCACCACCACCACCACCACCCCACCCCCCGACAAACACACUCGUUAGUGUCUGAAAGUCAAACACACUCACACACAGACAUCCAGAGCGAGGAUGAGACUCUUGAAGGUGUGCUAACCCGCAGCCACCAAUAGCCUCGAUAGACCCAAUAGCCUCAGUUUUUGUUUUGUUUCACUUUGUAUUCUUUUUCUCUGAUCAGUGGAGGGGUUGAUUUUUUUUUUUUUUUUUUUUAAUAUCUUUUUGGCUUCUUGCCCCCUCCAGGACCAGCAGCAGCCUGAGGCUCAGUUUGAAAUCCUCUGGCAACAAGCCAGCGAUCACUAAAUGGAUUUAUUUCUGAACCGAUGGAUGGAUGGAUGGAUGGAUGGAUGAAUGGGUGGAUUGUAAACAAGACGGACAAAUCUCUCCUCUUUGCUUGGAGUCCGCUGAGGCUUCUGAAGUGUAACAAACAUCCACCGUGUUUUGCUCUCCUGCGACUAACACUCGGCGACGAAACGCAGGGGCCAGUUGCCGUCGACGAGCAGGAAAGGGAAGUAGAUUGAAAGGCGGCAGCCGUUAUGUUGUAUCACAAAAUUUUCUCAGGUUAGAGAUGCCGAAAACUGGUGCUAUUCCCCCCCCCCCCCCCCUUCUUUUUAAUUAAUGAUUUAAUCACUAAAUACAGACCUUCAAAGUAUUGUCUUUUGUAUGCAAAGCAACCUAUAUACACUCAGUAUAUGCCUUUUAAUGAUAAAUCACAAUUGAGAGGAUUGUUUUAUUCAAACUAAAAGACUUUUUAUGAAUAGAGUUACUUCAUCUUUUAAUCCACGGUGCUUUAUAACAUGUUAUGAAUAUGUUUUGUUUUUUUUUUCUUCCCUAUUUGUAUAAAAAAAUGCUUACAUAUGAAGAUAAUGUGAAGCCCUACAAAAAUGUUUGUAAUGCAAAAGAGAUGUCUACUGAUUUACUGCUCCUCUAUCCUUGGACAACUUUGUUAGUUAACUUACUUAUUGUCUCUGCUGGCCUGUCCUGAACUUGAGUGAGGUGGAGCCGCGUGGGGCUCUCCAUUGCAGGACACUCGAUCCAGCUCUUGCACUGUUGUGCUCCUUUCCAAGUUUCAUUUUGCUUUCAGAAAGCAGUGAAAGAAUAUCCAUUUUUACCACUGUAAUGUUGUGAACUUUGUCCCAGUAUUUUUUUUUUUGCUCAGUCUUCUAAAGCCAAAUGUAUGAUUUAGUAACUUCUAAAAUGACAUCAUAAAUAGCACAUGUCUACCGAUGAAACUAUGUAUGAAUGAAUGUUGUAAGAAAAAAAAAAAAAAAAAAAGGUCAGGAUUUAGCCUUUGGUACUG